UGUCCUAGCCUUCACUUUGCAUACGUCAUUGCGAAAAUGAGUUUUAACAAUAAAGUUGUCCUUGUAACUGGCGCUAGCUCUGGUAUUGGAGCGGCCACAGCUGUUCUUUUCGCGAAAGAAGGCGCUGAUGUCGUGAUCGUAGCAAGGAACGAAGUGAAACUGAAGGAAGUGGAAGAAGAUUGUACCAAAGUCGGUAAAAAACCAUUAGUCAUCAAAGCUGAUGUGUGUAAAGACGAUGACGUCAAAAGAAUCAUUAAUGAUACUAUAGAAAAAUUUAACAAACUCGACGUGCUUAUAAACAAUGCUGGCAUUACAAGAUUUGGAAGGAUUCUCGAUGGAAAAAUAACGGAAUCAUUCGACGAGUUAAUUAAUACAAAUUUGCGUGCAGUGGUUAAAUUGACAACUUUAGCCGCACCAUUUCUAAUUAAAACCAAAGGUAACAUUGUAAACGUAUCAAGCAUUGCUGGGAUAACCAUUAACACUAUAAAUAUGGGUGGAUACUGUACAACAAAGGCCGCUUUGAGUCAUUUCUCUAGAGUUUCAGCAUUGGAAUUAGCGCCUCACGGGGUGAGAGUGAAUAUUGUAAGUCCCGGACCCGUUUAUAGUGAUAUACUUGAGAACGCUGGUAUAACAACGAAGGUUGAAGAUGUUGCAGGCAAAACAGCGUUGAAUAACAGGGUUUCUGAGCCUGAAGAAAUAGCAGAUUUGAUUUUGUUUUUGGCCAGUGAGAAGGCGAAAGGUAUAACUGGUUCAGAUUAUGUGAGCGACAAUGGUUACUUAUUGUUGAACUAGGCAGUUGGUGCCCACGACUUCGUCCGCCAUGAAUCGGAAAACGCUGACUACCUCCCUGUAUUGCCCUUUUAAGACAUUUUUGUUUACGAAUUUGGACCAAGCCGAACAAACCUCAGAGAAUCGCAUUCAUAAUUGAAGCAACAGUUUCCGCUAGUGACGCGAGUACAAAACAUUACAGGCAGAAAUCCUAAAAAUUACAUUUUUGUAUUUUGUUUAUUAUAUAAAGAUAGGUAGUUCAUCAUUGUAUUGUUUUUUUGUCAAUAUCUUAUCUUAUUGUAUGGAUAUAAAUUGUAAACAAAGCAAUGUAUAACAUAUAAUUAUGAUAAAUAUUUUGACGAAACA